CCGAAAAGAAAAGAGGAAAGGAAAGGAACGCGCGCCCCCCUCCUCCGCCUCCGCCUCGGGUCCAGGCGGCCAGCCUCCCCUUUGUCUCCCGGCCGGAGCCCCUCGGAGCGUGGGCUGCCUGCAAAGUGCUCGCCCGGGCUGCUCCUCCUCCUGGCCCCCCUCCCUCUCCCCUAAGGAGCCCCCGCAGACGGGCAGAGUCCUGGGAAGGAACCCCGCACGCCCCGGGCCCCCUCUCUCCUCUCCCCUCUCCUCCGUCCCUCCCCGGGCCUGCCUGGCCCUGCCCGGAGGAGGCGGCGGCUUGCGAGCCAGGGGAUCGGAUCGCGCAGCGCGCAGGUAAGGAGGAGGAGGAGGAGGAGCGCGCCCGAAAGCCAAGGAGCAGCAGCAGGAAGAGGGAAGCAGAGAGAGCGUGGGAACAGAAAGCAGCCGAGGGUUCGCUCGGGGUGCCCCCGAAGGAGGAGGAGGAGGAGGAGGAAAAGGGCGGACUACCUACCUGCCCGCCCACCGACCCCCUUCUCUCCCCUCCCUCCUUUCCCGCCUGGCCUCCAAGAGGACUAGGGUCUUGGUCAAGGGCCUGGCGCCUCCCUCACCUGCCACGCCAUGGCGAAGAACGGGGGCUGUUGCAACAUGUGUGCCACCUGCCUGCUCUGCCUGUACAGUUGCCGUUGGAGCUGCAGCAAAAAGGGUCUGGCCACCAGCAAGUGUGACUGCGUCUGGUUCUUCUUCCUCUUCUGCGUGUGCCUUUUUACCCUGGCCUGGCUCUACGUUGCCCUCGUCACCCUCAACGAUUUCCACAACCUCAACGAAUUCAUUUUCCACAAGACAGAAUGGUGGCUUGACUGGUCGGUGGUGAUGCUGUCUGGAACAGCGACUCUGGUCACUUACUCCUCUCUCCUCUUGGUGCUGGCAGUCUGCCUACAGCUUUGCCACCAGCCAUUAAAGCUUCACUGGGUACACAAGGGCCUGUUGAUUCUGACAGUCUUGGUCGUUGCAGCUGCUUUUGUGGGCCUGGAAAUCCAGUGGGCAGAGCAGUGGGAAAGCGCCCGGAUUUCCCUGCAGGCGAUGGGCCCUUUCCUGCACAUUGGAGCUGUCGUGGGCAUGACUCUGCUUGCCUGGCCAGUGGCUGACUGCUUCUACCGUUCGUCCUACGCAGCCCUCAGGUUCCUCCUCCUGGUCUUCUACCUGGGCGCAGUCCUUGCUUUGUAUCUGGCCCCCCUGGGCAUUGACUCCCCCUGCCUCCUGGCACACAGCCAGCUGCCCAUCAAGCCAGCUCUGUUCGGGCACCGGGGAGCGCCCAUGCUGGCACCUGAGAACACUCUGAUGUCCUUCCAGAAGGCAGCCAAUUGUGGCGUGAGUGUCUGGGAGACAGACGUCCUGGUGAGUGCCGACGGGGUUCCUUUCCUCAUGCAUGACGAGAAGCUGAUCCGGACCACGGAUGUGCAGGAAGUCUUUCCCGCUUUGGCCCAAGCCAACGCCACCUCCUUCAACUGGACACAGCUGCAGCAGCUGGACGCCGGGACCUGGUUCCUGCAGAAACGCCCCUUCCCCACAGCUAACCGUAUUUCAAGUGAAGAUCGGGCUCUGGUACGUGCCCAGCGUAUCCUGUCCCUAAAGCAGCUGCUGGAGGAAACCAAGAAGCACAACGUCUCCAUCAUGUUUGACCUGCGUCCAGAGAAGGAUCCCGAAUACGAGCACCUCGUCAACGUCACUGUGGAGACCAUCCUCCAGUCGGACAUCGCUCCAGAGCUGGUCCUGUGGCUGCCGGAUGAGUUUCGGGAACAGGUGAAGCAGCAGGCGCCCGGGUUCCGGCAAAUCUACGGCCGGAAGAGACUGAGCAACGAGACGGGGGAAGAGUUGCGGGUCAACCUGCCCUACCAGAACCUGAGCAGCACAGAAAUCCGGGAGUAUCGCCGUGACAACAUCUCGGUCAACCUGUAUGUGGUGAACGCCCCGUGGCUCUUCUCCAUCCUGUGGUGUGCAGGGGUCACUUCGGUCACCACCAACGCUUGCCAGGUGCUGCAGGGAAUGGAGCGCCCCCUCUGGCUGUUGCCCCGAACCACCUAUCAAAUGAUAUGGAUUGUGACUGACUGUGUCUCCUUCUUGUUGAUCGCCUGGGCCUUCCUGCUGCUAAAAAGGUGGUCUAGAAGGAAAGAGUCAGCAGGUUCCGACUCAGAUGUGCUCCUGACCAAAAUCCACAGCCUGUUGACGGAGUGACUUUGGGAUGGUGCUAGCUUGGGGGAAGGACUGCGCGUCUUCUGACUGGCCUUUUCUGGAUGCAGCCUGCAGCUGGUACUGGCUACAGCGGGCCCCAUCCCCCAGAACCAGGAGGAGUCUUCAUGCAGCCUCAACAUAGGACGGACCGGACUCUAGCAUUGCAACCUGUGGGUGUUCGUAGCCCAGUGCCUUAUUAGGGAUGGCUCAGCGCCUAAAUUCAUGCAAGAGCAUCACGCCAGCUGAGGCAGGGUUCAGAAGCUGGCUAAAAGGAGGUUCAUGUGUUCUCCUUGAUUGGUGCAUUGACAGACGUCUUGAGCAUCUUUGAAGCUAUUGUUUAAUAAAGCAGUCUGUAGAGUCUGGAGGCAAAAUAA